UUUAAUGCGAAUCUGCUGCCACGGUGUUUGGUAGAUAUCUCCACAUCAGCAAGUAGGCUACUUGUUAUACAUCUAACGGCUACGUCAAGAGACGUCUGAUUUGUGUACGUGUUCUUUAAUUGAACCGUAUAAACUCUAAGAUUUAAUAUAUUACUAUUUGUCGUAAGCUUACUGUGUUAUUUACAGUUCUACUGAUUCUUACGAAAUCUUCUAUCAAACACCAGGAAAAUGGUAGUCAAGCGUCGUACUUCCUCCAAAAAUCCUCCAAUAUUAAGUCACGAAUUUGUUAUUCAAAAUCAUGCUGACAUUAUCUCGUGUGUUGCUAUGGUUUUUGUUAUUGGGUUACUUUUCCAGGCAACUGCACCUGUUGCUUCCUUUUUUGUUGCCAUGCAUCAUAAUGUAACAGAAGCUACCAGUCCAACAGAUAUUAUCUACUUCACCUAUGGAACAAAAGAUUUGUGUGUUGUAUUCUUCUACUUCCUGAUUGCCAUUGUCAUGCAUGCCAUCAUUCAAGAAUAUGUUUUGGAUAAAUUGAACAGAAAGAUGCAUCUCUCUAAGCUGAAGCAUAGUAAGUUCAAUGAAUCUGGACAGUUGCUCCUCUUCUAUUUGGUUUCUUUAGUUUGGGGAGGAGAUAUUAUCUUAAAGGAGGGAUAUGUCCUUGACAUCUCUAGACUGUGGGUGGAUUACCCUCACGCACAUAUGACGUUCAUGUUCAAGUUCUAUUUCAUUAUCCAGAUUUCAUAUUGGUUGCAUUGCUAUCCUGAACUCUACUUCCAGAAAGUUAAGAAGGAGGAGAUAAAAGACAGAAUAACCUAUGCUUCUCUGUACCUGGUGUUCUUCUCAUCUGCUUAUUUCUUUAACUUUACUCGUGUUGCUGUAUGUCUUUCUGUGCUUCAUUACCUUGGAGAAACUGUCUUCCAUAUUGCUAGACUGUUAUACUUUGCUGAGAAAAGUAAAGCUGCUAGAUAUGGAUUUAUGACUUGGAACGUGUGCUUUAUCAUUUUGAGAAUCUGUUCUGUUCUCUUGACUGUUCUUAUGUUUUGGUAUGGGUUACCCAGGAUUUCUACUUCCAAUAUCAUUGACAUAAUGGAUGGAAACUUUAAUACUCCAGUCAUUAGAAUCAACUGCCUGGUUGGAAUGUGUCUCCUACAGGCCUGGAUGGUACUGAACUUUGUCAAUUUCCAUUUGAAGCGUAUAAGAGAGCGAGCUGCUUCCACUGCCAUAAAUAAGAAAAAAGCACAAGGCAAGAAAGAAAAGAAGCAGAGGAAAGAGGAAGCUAAGAAAACUUCCGAAGAUGAAGUAAAUGAGCUACCAGAAGUUGACCAGAACACCAAGAAGGAUCUGAGAUCUCGCACUGUGGUAGUUUCUCCCAGCUCUAAGUUGAAACACAACUGAAACUGUUUCAGAGAGAACAGAUUAUCUCACAUUUUGAACAAGUUUGUUCUCUUUGUGUACUAACAAAAGAAAAAAAAUAAAUGUAUCUAUAAAUCUUGUGCUUC